UUUCCCAACCUCAGAAAGGCUGGAGAGAAGAACCAAGGUAAGAGAUUUGGAAAAGUGAGACUUCCAGACCGGGGGCUGUGGUGGCUUCCGAGUGGGCUGUGUGUGUGCGCGCAGUCAGAAUCCUUUUGCGGCUGGGAGGGAAGGGGGCGAGAGAGAAAGACUGUUUCCACGCCCUGUGGACGCCGCCGGAAUGUUAAACGCGGUGCGUGUGCGAGUGUGUGUGUGUGUGGGAUUCGAAUCCAGCUCUUGGCUCGGGGACAGCAGCGUCUCACUUCCUGGGCACUUGGAAGCCCAGCUGCGCGUUUGCGGGGAAGUGGGGACCAGCUGGAGACGGCGCCAGCCUCUGUCUGUCUGUGUAGGAUGUGAGUAAAUUUCCCUUAAGAAGAAGAAAAACUCGAUGGGAAGGGAACUAGUUUCGGGAAACGAUGUGGAGGCGGCUUUCUCCUUCCCUCCCUCCCUCCCCCCUAUCUCUGCCACCCCCUUCUCUCUCUCUCUCUCUCUCUCUCUCUCUCUCUCUCUCUCUCUCUUUCUGCCACCAAUUCUCUGUCUCUCUCGCUCUCGCUCUGCCAUCCCCUUCUUUCCCCCCGCCCCAGUUUGGGAAAUAUCGGUCGCGAUGAACGAGGGGAAUUGCACUUUGGGGGACUUAAGUCUGUCAUAGAAGGCGUUCUUCCUCUCCCAGACGCGCAAACAAACGCCUUCAAAGCAGAUAGCAAUUGACAACGUGCCUCCUCUGCUUGGGUGACUUGCUCCGUCCUCUGCCUGUCUGCGUGUGUGCAGCUUUAAAAUCCAACCAUUUGAUCUCAGGGAAACACAACUUAAUUUUUCCUCUCUCUCUCUGUCUCUCUCUCGGUCCCUCCCUCCCUCCGUCUCCUGGACUGGGCUCUCUCCCACCGCUGCCUCCACGCCGGAACGUCAGAUGGUGAAAUUUCCUCUUAUAGGUUGAGCAAAGCAUCUUGAUUUGAGAGGGGGUUAAAAAAAAUAAGAGAAGGAUCCAACCCUUCGAAUCCUGCGCCUGAUUUGGACCCUACACACCACCACAAGGGAGGAGAAGGAAGCUCUUCCUCCUCGCUGUGUCAGGAAGAAGGAAGGAGGGAGGGAAAUCCCUUGGAAAUAACGACUGGAAGAGCGCGGGGGGAGACUGGGAAUCGCUCUCUCGGCUUCUUCACUCUCCCUUGGAAGAGGAGAGCCCAGAUGGGUCUGGGCAGGAAACCUGGGAUUGCUUCCUCGUUUGGGGGAUCCAGAAAACCCCGUUCAGACCAAGGAAGUUGAAUUGUGGUUGCCGCAGAGUUGUUAGAGGAGGAGGAGGAGGAGGAGGAAGAAGAAGAGGCUUCUGGCUGGUGGGAAUUAAUAAUUACAAUCAAACCGGCAGAUUUACGCUUUGGCUUCUCAGGAUCAAUUUCUUCCAACGUCACGACAGCAAUUUUUUUUCUCCCUUGGACCAACUGGCUGUGGAUUUUAUAUGUGCUUCCAAAGAGAGAGAACAGAGAGAAGAGAGAAGUGGGGGAGGAAAGAAAUCGAGCUCGGUGGCUAUUUAUUUCAUUUCAUUUUUUAAAGUAUUCCUCUUCGUAUUGAUCCUUUCGCUGGACCAGGCUCUCCAAUGCCUUGGCACUGCCAUGGGAUGUGAAGAUCUCUUAGCCUGGUUGUUUUGACCACCCCCUCCGAUCCCCUCGCUUUGCCCUGUACUCCAAAGUCCACAUAUAUGAGAUGGAAAAUCGAGGGCUGCUAGGCUCCCUUUGUUACCUGAUGCUCAAUGCCCCCUUGCUCUUCAUGGUCCAGGGUAAGUCCCAAACUUCUCCCCCCACCCCGCGCUUGCUUUAAUUUUGGUAGCAAAAUCAAGGAUCUGGUUCUCAGUCUGCAGCAAGUGUCUGUAUUUUAACUGCCUUUCACUUCUGUUUCCAUAAUCUGUGCAGACAGCUGGCUAUAGAUGCAUAACUGAUCUGAUGUCUGGAAGCCAGGCAAAUUGAUAUGUGCACCGUUAUAUAUUUUUGUGUGAGAGAGAGAUAAAUAGAUGCUGCACUGUUUGAGUGGUUUGUGGGUUGCUUGUAUCAGAAAGAGGCAAGUGAGCUCAUGCCGUUGGAAAUGCAGGGGUCUGGGGAAUGAUACUGAAGAGAAAAGGGUGCAGGCAAGAGAACACAGCCCGGGCUGCAGGACUGAGGGAUGCCUGCACUCUUGCUGCAGAGGAGAACCCAGAGCAAAAGGGGGGGUGAAAACAGUAGGGGGUGGGUACCACCAUGUCCCAGACACACAGCCUUUGAAAUGUGGUGGUCCCUAGAAAGUGGAGAGGGUGGGGAAAUGUGUCUCCCUGCAGGCUUUUGUUUUUGCUGGGGGGGGGGAUUUAUCCGGCAAACUUUUACAUUCUCUCCUCUGACACUUGUCUGAUAUGGAUGGGUGCCCAGACUGCAGUGAUCACCAGGGGGUGCCAGAGGGUGGGGGUGGGGGGCAUGGCGGCCAUCCCUUGUCAACAAGCAAAGAUGGGUGGAAAACCUCGCCCUUUGUGAUACACCAUAAUUGGGGUCUUACAGAUGAGUCCAUUUCCGGGCACUUCAGGGGGUAGAGGGACUCAACAACAUGACCUCUGGGUUCCCUCCUCCCGGUCCCUGCCACCCUUCAGUUCCAUGUAGCAUGGGCGGCAUCCAUGGCAUGUUGGCUAGUUCAGGAAAGCCGAUAAAAGCCCCUCCUUCUGCAACGUUUUGCUGUGAAUUUUGGACUCUUAGCAGAACAGCUCUGUUGUGUCUUUUUCCAUCUCUCCCUGUUUGCCACCCUAUCCUUCUCCCCCCUUUUUUAUUUUUGGUCUCCAGCUACAUUUACAGAAGUUCCUAAAGAUGUGACUGUUAGAGAGGGGGAUGAUAUUGAGAUGCCUUGUGCUUUCCGGGCCAGCGGAUCCACCUCUUACUCCUUGGAAAUCCAAUGGUGGUAUCUUAAGGAACCAGCACGAGAGCUUGCUCACGAAUUAGCCAUCAGUGGCCCCGGCAGCAGAACCAAGGUAAUAAAUCCUCACAAAUAGAGAUAUAUAUCCACCCAUGCAUAGACCAUUAAUUAGCAAGGUUUGAUACAGACCACGGGAGGUAGGAACAGAAACCCAAUACCAAAGAAAGAAAGAAAGAAAGAAAGAAAGAAAGAAAGAAAGAAAGGCAGUCCAGCAACACGCAUCAAGAAAGCGGUAUUUCUGGGGUUGCUUCUGCUUAUCUCCAUCUCUGCGGCACGUAACAGAGUGGAUUCAGACAAAUAAGUGAGGAAUGCAGUCCACUAGGGGGUGUAACAUUUGCCACAGAGGGGGCACUUGCAGGGACUUUCAGGAAUGUGAAGGAUCCAUGGCUGGUACACAGAUGGGACUUGGUGGCUUCAGAAUCAAGGGGACAUAGGGAGAUAGGAUGCUGCCUUUUACAGAGUGAAACCAUUGUUUCAUCAAGCAGUGUACUGUCUACACUGAUGGGCAGCAGCUCUGCAGGGUUCCUCCACAGCCCUAAACUGGAGAUGCCAGGGAUCAAACCUCAGACCUUCUGCUUGCAAAUCAAAUUUUCCACCACUGAGCUACAGGCCUUCCCCUUCAAGCGGUGGCGAGCCUAUGUGAGCGAUGACCAACGAUCAAAGCUCACUUGUGGAGCUCACAUGUUGCCACACAUCCAGGGUGCAGGAUUCUUCAGCACAUCCAGCCACUCUGCUGCGAGUUCUCCAGUGACAAGGAGUCAAGAGGUGUACGUGCAUGUGUGAACAGGCCUUCAGUGGUGCAUUUCCAAUGCACCACCCCUAGGUUCAUCAGUUUAUAUAUAUAUAUUAAAAAAUGGUUGCAGGGUGAGCCACAACCUUUGCAUUUUGAUGAUGAUGCAUCAUAGCAGCCACAUAGGAAGUCGGAACUCAAAAGCAAGAAUCAACCCGUGAGGACAUCAACUGGUUGUCUGCAUGGGAGGCGAGAUGGUCUGACAGCAGAAAGGAGAAGAGCAUUUUUGGUUCAGAGCAGGUGGGGAACAGCUGGGGAGCUUGAGCAUGUUUCCUGGGCUGGUGAUAAUUACAGUAGUUAUCUGCAACAUGACAAAUGUUGCUGUAGGGUAUUUAUGACGUACAGUUAAGAUUAAAUGACAAGGACUCUCUCGGCACAGGGAAACGGACACACAAAAUGCAAGCUACCUCCAUGGGGUGAAUGUUUAUAAGUCCCCAAAUCAGCGCUAUCUGAGGCCCACUGAAUCAAGUUGUAAAUCUGCCCUUGAUGAAAGGUGGGGAAGGAUAUGGGUAGAAUUAUUAUUAUUAUUAUUAUUAUUAUUAUUAUUAUUAUUAUUAAAAUGGGUUGUUGUGAAUGGUAAUUGUUGGUGAACUUCCCUUUCAUUCUUGGCUUAGACUUGGACUAUAUUCUUGGACUAUAAGCCAGUGCAGUGUAGUGGUUAGAGUGUCAGACUAGGACCUGCAAGACCAGGGUUCAAAUCCCUACUCUGCCAUGAAGCUCCCUGGGUGACCUUGAGCCUGUCACCCGAUCACAGAUGUAGCCAACCUCACAAGGUUGUUGUGAGGAUAAAAAUGGGAUGGGGGGACACCGCUUUGAGCACCUCACAGGAAAGGUGGGAUAUCAAUGCUAUAAGUAAAUACUUAAAAUAUCGCAAUGUGGCCUGGGUGCUGCUGUGCCACUGUGCCUCUGCUUACCAGCUAUCCUUCCACCCUUUGUGCCACCUUUGACCUUCCCUCUCUCCCUGCUUAUAUAGACACCAGUGAAGGUUGUUCCAUGGGACAUUGCCUUCAGGUUCUCAUCUGUCUGCCUUCUUACUUGCACAAAGGUUCCAGUAGGUGGCACUGACGGUCGCCCUUGUUUCAGUGUUGCCCUGGAAGGACCUGAAGGCAGGCAGGGAGGGUGGGAACAAAGCUGGAAUUAGUUGGUUCUGCCUGUCAUUGGCUCUGGCGCCACCUACUGUUGGUCUCCCUGCAACCACUGAUCAUAAUCAUAGGAAGGGCCCAUGAUGGUCCAACAAUGCAGGAAACUUUUGCCCAACAUGGAGCUCCAACCCUCAGAUUAAGAGUCUCAUGCUCUACUGACUGAGCUAUCCCCUGAUGAACACUCAAGAGUUAAGAGGUAGGAGGCUGAUCUGCAUCAGAAAAUGCAGAGUUCAAUUGAGUGAUUGUGGUGAACUAGACAUGGACUGGGAAGACUGUCUCAGAUGUGAAGUUCUCCUUGGGCAAGCUGCUAAAUCUCAGUCUUACUGUACAGCUGACUUCCCCAACCUAGUGCCCUCCAGAUCUUUUGCACUACCCCUCCCAUCAGCCCCAGCCAGCAUGGCCAAUGAUGGGAGAUGUGAGGAGAUCUGCCUCACAGGUUGGUUGAGAGGACAAAAUGUGAGGAUGACUAGGUAAGCUACUCCAAGACUAUGCAAUUAAUUUAAUAGGACUGGGGCCUGAUUAUGUUAAUUUCAGUUCAUUAAUUGCAUGGGAAAUAAUUUGUUAAAUUUGCAUAUCAGGAGAAAAGCAAUUGUUCUGAAGGAGAAAGGGGGCUUGCUUUGUUUUCAAGUGAUGUACGACUCUCCUUGCAGACAACUUUAUCUUAGAAGAUGCAUCCUCCUCUCAUACACAGGAGGGAAUGCCUCUUUUAAGGUAGCCCUUGCCAUCUGUAAAAAAUUAAGUAGGGACCUGGUUGAUUAAGGCACCACUUUUUAUGGCAAAAUUCAUGAAUCUCUGCUGAGAAGGAAUUUGUAUUGCUUUCCCAUGUAAUUGUGCAUAGGACUGCAGUCUAAGUUACCCCUCAAGAAAUUUAACAGUUAUUGAUUAAAUGUUGCAGUCCUUGGAAAAUUAUUAUUAUUAUUCAUUCUAGUAAGAGUAGAGCUAGUAACAGAAUUACUACUGAUUUGCCGUUUUCUUUGGUAAUCAGAUGCAUAUAAGAUUUGCCAGUCACUGCUAAAUCCAUAACCUGCUUUACUUAAUGGCGAGAUAAACAGAUCACACCAAACAAUUAAAUAUGAACAGACAGGAUUCUGCUGAAACACUGGUGAAUGAUUGUUAUGGUAUACCAAUUUUUUUUUGGGGGGGUGUACAUCUAAGAUGAUGCAAGUGUAAUGCAUGAAUGUGACUCACAUGCUUGCAGAAUAGGUGCAUUAUCUAGGUUCACUUGUGAAAAAAUACAGGUUUAGCUAUGGCUCUCUGUUGAGGGCAUCCAAUUUUGUUUCCACGACAUGUGUGAAACGCCCCUUAUUCCAGCGGCGCUUGGUGCCCAUCUGGACUGGUGGGGCAGAAAGCAGGGAGCUCAACAGUAGGUGGCACCAGAGCCAAUGACAGGGAAAGCUGACUAAUUCUGGUUUUGUCCCCAUCCUUCCACCUCAAUGAGACUUAGGAAGGAGGACGCUGGUGGGCAGGGCCACCUCCUGGACUCGAUGUAAGCAAGCAGCCAGGCAGCAGGCAGAGGACAGGCUAAGGUUGGUGGUGCUGUUCCUCAUUCCCCCCAAUGGACCAGCUUCCACUGCCUUAUUCUCAUCACCGACUCACUGCUCCACUGCUGUCAAGUGAGCAUUCCAUUUCCCUCUAUCCACCAGCCAAGUAAACAAAUCUAGGAGGUGGGUUGUUUGGCACAGGGAACUUUUUCUCUGCCGAUGAUUCAUAGUUGUUAGCUUUUUUCUUUCUUCUUCCAAUCCUCCUCCGGUGGGAUGUGACCUGUGCAUAUGUCCACCCCCCCUGGAGAAGCUGCGGGAUAACUCUGCGGCAGAAUGAUUUAUCUUUGCUCUGGCUCGUAAUAAUUAAAAUGUAGAAGAGAACCUGGGUAGGGGGGUGUCCCAUUGCUAAAGCCCAGACCGACAUCGGCUAAAACUGUGCAGCCCACUUACUGGGGCUUCAGCUGGUGAAUUGGUACUAGCAAAAAUACCCAUAAGUUAUGAGUGCACACUCAAUUGGCGAGAAGGCUUGUAUACAGCAGGGAAGGGCAUAAGGUGGCUCUCUGAAUGGAGACAAAUUGCUCUCCCGCAUGUUGAUCCUGUUGGCAAAGGGCAAGGCAUCCACUGUAGGGGUGCAGAGCAUGCCUUACCCCCACUACAAUGCAUGGAGAAAGUGGAUAGGAAAGCUUUCCUCCUCCUCCUCCUUCACCCAGUGGAUAGUUGAACUAUGGAACUCACUUCCACAAGAGGCAGUGAUGGCCACCACCUUGAAUGGCUUUGAAAGAAGAUUGGACACAUUCAAGGAGGAGAGCUAUCUGUGGCUACUAGACACAGUAGGCAGUAACCUUUCUGAAUAACAGUUGCUGGAGGCCACAGAAGGGGUUAGAGCUCUUACGCUCAGGUCCUGCUUCCAGGUUUUCCACAGGCAUUUGGCUGGCCACAGCAAGGCCAGGAUGCUGAAUUAGAUGGGCCAAUGGCCUCUUUCAGCAGGGUCUUCUUACCUUUUUAGGGAGGGUGUUGCGCUGCUCCCAGUGACUUGCAUAAGGAAGACAUGCAGCCUCCUUCCAGCUGCAUCCCAAAUUGCAACCAUUUCCUAUGAAACCUAGCUGGAGCCGCUGAUAACCAAGCCUGUUCUCAUUUGUGAAGCCCCAUGUAGCCAUCUGCAUAGCUCCGCCCAGGGUUCUGUUCCUUUGUCACAGCAAAGUCUGGCAGAUUAUUGGCUUUUACAUGUGAUCAAGGCGACCUGCAAUGAAAUGUUGCAGUGGAGAGCCCUGUCAAUCAAGAUUCCAGGCACUCAGUUCCACAGAAAUGCACACAAUUCACCAGCACCAGCACCAAUAAGUCAACCAGCAUUUCAUGGCCAGUGACCAUGUUUCACAGACGCAUAGAAUGGCCGAGUUGGAAGGGACACUAAGGGUUUUGUCUCAUGUUUGGUGUCCCCACUGCCCUGAAGGUAUUUUCAUUUCUGGAAGGGUUUCCUCAAGUCUUCUGAAGCCUCCCUCUUGUGCUUGGAUGGUGCUAUUUUAGGCACAAAAAGAACAGCACUCACCACUGGAACAUCGGAAAUAGAUGUAAUGAUAGAACCAGAGGCAGGAGCUGUAAAACAGUGUUUCUUGUUAGAGUGUCCUUUCCAGGUCACAAAGCUAUUGCUGAAAAUCUGCUUCUUUUGAAUAUAGCAUGCCAGCUCUGCUCAAAUGGAGUUGCAAAACAUGCACUCGCCCAGCGAUAUUGGCUGGGGUGGCAACGGAGAGGAAAACAUAUAGAUGAGGUUUACAUGUUGCCUUUAGCCUCAUAACAAAAGUCAAAGACAAAGUGGACAAUACGUGGGAGAUCUGAGACAGGGCUCCAUCCACCCCAUCUCAUUUUCUUCUCCUAAAAAAACCACAACAACAUGGGGAAAGGACUGCUUGGAUUGCUGGUCCCAUCUUCAAUUUAACUAUCACCACCAUCAUUAUAUCCUGCUCUUCCGCUCCAAGGAGCCCAGGGCACCAAACACAUCCGCUAAAAAACAAUAAAAACAAAAACAUGUUUUAAACAUGUUAAAAAAAAACCUCUAAAAGCAAAUUGAAACAUCGAAAAACAUUCUAAAAUAAUAAUAUACUUUCACAGCUAGUAAUUCUAAGGUCGCCAUGAACAGCAUCUUUUUGCCAUCAAAUGCCUGGGUGAAAACAGUUAUGUUUGUAAAUUCCUCCUGAAAGUUAAUAAUGGGAGAGACAGAUACACCUCACCAGGCAGGGCAUUCCAGAAACAGGGAACCACCACUGAGAAGGUCCUGUUGUGGGUCAGUGCCAACGGGCACCACUGCUAAGGGCCUCCUUGGUCAACCGUUGAGCCUGAGAUGUCCAAUAGCUUUUUUUACCUGCAGCAUUGAUCCAUAUUGCACCAUAAGUUUAAAGCAACAUCAUACCACUUUAAACUGCCAUGGCUUCCUCCAAGGAAUCCUGGGGGCUGUGGUUCAUUAAGGGCACUGAAAGUUGUUAGAAAACCCCUCACAGAGCUGCAGUUCCCAGCACCCUUAACAAACGUCACUUCUUAGGAUCCUUUGCAGGGAGCCACAACUGUUAAAGUAGCAUAAAAGGGCCUUAAAUGGAUGGGGUAAAUGAAGAGGCCCAGCUGAAGUAUCCUGUUUCUAACAAUGGCAGAGCUGUUUGCAAACUGCACUCUAGACGCCAUGCUAAAAACCUAUUUCUUCAAAUACCAUGUGGAAGAUGGAGCAAGCUUGUUUUCUGCUGCUCCAGAGUAUAGGACCCAAACCAGUAGAUUCAAGCUACAAGAAAUGAGAUUCCAACUAAACAUUAGGAAGAACUUCCUGAUGGUAUGAGCUGCUCAACAGCUGAACCGAUGACCUCUGAAAGUGGUGAACUCUUCUUUAGUGGAGGUUUUUAAGCAGAGGUUGGAUGGCCAUCUGUCAGGGUUUCUUUAGCUGUGAUUCUUCUCUUGCAGGAGAUUGGAUGAGAUGACUCUUUGGGUCCCUUCCAACUCUACAAUUCUGUGAUUCAAUAUGCUACCAUAUUGGGUUCUUGUAAUCCAUCAGCUACAGCAUUCUAUGAUCCCCUGUUGUAGAGCUAGGCUUGACAAGGUGAUUUUCUCAGCAUGGCAAUCUGCCCUGAUCAGAACAUCUCUCCAUGUCCCCCUACCAUCAGUAGUGCAGUGGGCACCUGCCAGGAGAUGGACUUUUCAGUGGUGGCUUUGAAAUGUCUUCCCCAGAAAACCUCACCUAGCACCCACUCUGAUGCCUCUCCAGUGCCAGGCAAAGACUUAAAAAAAAAUUCCUAUGCCUUUUUAGCUUUUUAACAUCAAUUGAGGUUUUAUUUUGAUGUUGCUUUUAUAAGUCGCUGCUUAUUUUAAUAUCAAUCCUAACCCCACUCCCGUAGGAAUAGGACUUACUUCUGAGUAGAUUUGAUUAAGACUGUUAAUAUGACAUUGUCAGAUACCUUUACCAUGCAUUUGAAGGUCAGGAUAAUGGAUAAUAAUGGAUAAUAAGUGACAAGAAAGACUUGUGUGGAAAUACAAUGGAUCAAAACCCACUACCCCAGGCCAGUUCACCAAGUUCCCUUUCUUGCUUCUGCCAUUGCUAUUCCGCGUUACAAGGUUGCCUUUGGAACUGCAGCUGCUUGUGAUAUAUGUCAGUUAACCAACUUGUGGCCAUCCCUGCCCUCAAAUGCUGUUAUCAAAUAGCAAAAUGUGAGAACUGUUUUACUACCACCCAGUCAACCCGAUUGUCUUUCACCCAAACCACAUACGCAGUAAGUUAAGAAGCAAUUGAGUGUAUCCCCAAUCCAGGAAAGGUGGUCUGCCAUUAACCCUGUUUGAGGAAGAGAACUGUCUGCUUAAUGGGUACAUGUGAGGUGGGGAGGGGGAGGGAGAAUGGUGCGAGAGAAAUAUUGUUCUGAUGCAUCCGUUCUCCCUGUUUAAUUUCUCCCUCUUUUCUUUUUCAGGUAACAAAUAAGGAUGCAACAAAGAUCAGUGUAAGUGUGUCUCAGUACAUUCUGCUUUUCUGUAGGCAUCUAGCUGGAGUAGGGGUAGGAGUAGGCACAGCCUGAGCACAUAGGAAAAACAAGUCCCUGUCGAUUCCAGCUUAAAGAAUCUCAGGGAGCAGGGAUUGGAGGAGCCCUCCUGUUCCUGAGUCCUUGGAGAGGGGCUGCGCAUGAGACCUCACAAAGAUGGGGCCUUGAUUCAUCGUGGUAUGCAGCCAAAUCCUUGGAUGUCCUCCUUGCCCACGUCAUGUCAACCCUCCAGAGCAGGGAUGGGGAAACCUGUGACCCUAUUUGGACUACAAUGCCCAUCAUUCCCAGCCAGCACCACCCAUGUUUAAAAAAAUGAGGGGAGUUGUGGUCCAACAACAUCUGAAGGGCCACAGGUCUGUCCCCCCCACUGCACUGGAUUAUGGUAGGGAACAUCCCCAGCCCUAUGUGGAGAUGCCAGGGACUGAACCUGGGACAUCAACAGGGAGGACAGAUGUUCUACCACUGAGCUAUAUCCCUUUCCAUGAAAGGAAUGCAACAAGGGAGCUUUUCUCAUGGCAGAACUUGCAAACAUAUAAACCCCCCGACUGCAGUGUCACAUUCUAGGACAGUGGCUCUCAAACUUUUUUCUCUGGGCCACACUUUCAGAAUGAAAAUUUGCCGGUGCCACACCAACCUGUUUAAUUGAUAAGAGAUGUAUUGGAAAACACAACUAGGAUUGUCCUCAGUAUCAUUCGAUGCUCUUUCUCUCAUCUUGAAAAUAUAUCUACCCAUAUUCUGGAGAGAAAAACCAUUAUACUACAUUACACUACACUGAAAUGUUUGCCUUGAAACUUCCUUCCAUAUUUGCCAUCCUCUCCUGCCACAUCAGUGUGGCAUGCUUCAUAUACCCUUCGAGAAUCACUGGUCUAGGAGCUUUGCCACUUCCUUUGCCUAAAUAUGUACUCAGAACUUAAUUCCAAGUAUAUAUCUGCACUGCAGUCAAUAUUCUUACUUCCCCCAUCCCAAAGAACCCAGGGUCUGUGGAAGGGGGAGUCAUUAAUAGAUUAUGUCCUGCCCCAUCACCAAGCUACAGUUCCCAGAAUUCAUCAGAAGUUGUGACUGUUAAAUUGGCACAAGAGACCAAAAUUAAGUUUUCUAUCUUCAUACAUCACACAUUGUGACAUCUUGCAGAAGUCGUUUCACCCCUACCCAAAUGAGGUGACGCACACACUUUCCCACCUGCUACAUUGUUUUUUGUUUUUAGAUUAUUUGGACUGAUUGCAUCUUAAGCUUUGGAGGCAAAGCCAUCCUGGCCUGCCUCUAUGAAAUUUGUUUAUUGCAAAUGGGAGGUUGCCUUAGAUCUGGAGCACCCACCUGUAAUUGGUUUCUCUACAAUCUGUUUGCUGGUGUGUGGAACGUAGAUCAAUAGGAAACAGAAUCUUUGGGGUUUCUUUGAUGAAGCACUUUGGAGCUGAGCUUUAUUUAAAUAAGGGUCAAGCUCAGGCAUCCCUGAUGAUAACAGGCAUGUUGGCAAUCCUACUAUUAUUUCUGGUGACAAAAAAGGAAUAAUUAAAAUAUAGAAAACAGAACAAUAGGAGUGUGUGUGAGAGAGAGAGAACAUGCAUGUCUAAAUAUGGACAAGAUCAGAGGAGAGGGAAAUUGAUAAAGUGUUUGGAGACAGAAUUUCAGAGGCAGAUGUUGCGGGCUGCAUUUCAGACGGGGAAACGGGAGGGAAAGGGAAAAAUAUAUUAGUCCCAAUGCAUCUAUUUUUGGAAGAUGAUUUGGACUCACUCAUGGCAACAUGGCUGCGUUCAACUUUGAGGGACCUGGUGCAUCUUUUUUCUCUCUCCCCUUUCUCUGACCAGGAUUUUGUGUGCUUUGCAGAGGAUUAAAUGCAGAAGCUGUUUUCCGUUGUUAUUAUUAUCAGGUGAGGGGUAUGAAGGGCUGCAUUUGUUUUGGGGAAUCAGAGAUGAAGCAUGAAUGGCUGGAUGCUGUUGGCUGCGCUUGUUUCUGCAAGAGUACGAGGGCAGGAUUAGAGAGAGCCAGCACAGUGAGGUUGCUUUUGGACAGAUGAUACAUUUUAAAUGCACUAUUGCUGGAAGCAGAGGGGGGAGCAAGGAGGAUUAGUGGCUAGCUGUUGACUGCAACGGAGAAAUGCAUUUAAUUAAGGGAAGGAGGAGAUGGAAUUAGUGGCCAGCAUUUGAUUUCGGAUGAGUGACCCCAUGCUUGGAAGUAUUCCUUGGUGCAGGGGGCGGAUAGAAAUGGCCAAAAGCAAUGACUUGCAGCAGUGGAAUAUUUGAUUUUGGGGAGGAAGACAAAUUGAAUUUUUAAGACAGAGGGAAAGAGCAGCAUCAAAAGGCUUUUUUGUUGUUGUUUAAUUCCACAGAGCGUCUUUGCAAGGAGUUGUCCCUCUAACACUGUGUCAGGCAUGCUGUCCAUACAUUGUCUAUUUUUGACAAAGGGAGGGGCAGGAUUUAAGUUCCUUGAGGAGCUGCCUCAUGUCCCCUGCAAGUCCAGAUCCAUGAUCCCUCAGGUGUGAGGACCUGUGACGAAAGAUGCUCUGCACAUGCUCAGGGACACUCUCAUUUAAUGCAUUACAAUGUAAAUUCUCUAUUUCUAGGUUCGAGGACUGGUUAGCUGAGGCUCCAAACUGAGCUCUGGUUUAACCUACAAAGCACCCUUUUGCUUGUAAUCUGAUUACCUUCAACUUCUUCCCUACAUAUCUUAAUGGGGCAUUAGAAUCAACUAGAGUGCUUUUGUGGCCAGUUUCAAUAUUUUGUCUCCAGGGAGUUGGAGGUAGACUUUUUUUCUGCUUACAGCCAAUGUGCUUGAAGCCAGAUUUACAGAGUUUUAUUGUGCUUUUCACAAUAACUUAUUGGUGGUGGUAUUGCAGUUAUGGGGGGGGGAUGCAAUCACAAAAAAUACAGUGGGUCCCGAAAACAUACAUCUCGUUUCAAAAACAGAGGAAUAGGAGGAGAUGAAGCAGAUAUUUAUUUCAGAAUGCAGAUGAGAAACCUGGAUUUCAGAGCAAACUAUUGUGUGUGUUUUUUCUACAGAAGGGACAAGGGAGCUGUAGACCUCCAGAUGUUGCUGGGCUCCAUUUCCCAUCUGCUCUUGCCAGUUGGCAGGGACAGUGGUAGCUGUAGCCCAUGGAUAGGAAAUUGCUUCCAGCCCUCCACUGGCCAUUCUGACAGAUCAUUGAGAUGGGAAGGGUUCAAAAUAGAGGAGGAGCUGGUGAUGCUGAUGAUGAUUUCAUGAGACACUUGCAUUUCAUGGGAGGUAUCAUAGCUCAGUGGUAGAACAGCUGCUUUGCAUACAGAAGAUCUCAAGUUCAAUCCCCUGGCAUCUCCAGUUAUUGAGGUUUUUUUAAAAAAGGAUUGUGGGGAAAGGUGAAAGGAAUGACUUCUGCCUUAGACCCUGAAUGGCCACUGCCUGCUAGACUAGGCAAUGCUGGGCUAGAUAUACAAGGUGCUCUAUACCUGCCCUUCCCCUGCAGAUCAUCAUUUGCGAUAUACAAUUUUAUAAUAGCCAACCAACUAAAAGUAAUCACAUGGUUUGUUUCUGGCAUUUUCCUGAGAAACAUGGGCAGCUUUGAGACUUCUUGCACAUGCAAGAAAAACAUGUAUGCACAUAAUCAGACUCGGGUUCAGAUUAAUUCCCCGCUGGUACCGUACCUCCUAUGUGCAAAGCAGCUUCAAGUGUGUGUUUGUCCAUACAGUGUGACCAGAGACUGGUUUAUCUUCAGCAUGCAUAUUGACCACAUCCUGCACAGCCACCUGGUGUACCACUGGCAGACACUAUGUAAACAUGAAACAUGUAAACACUAUGGCACUCGAUGUUGUACAAUACAAAGCCCAUCUGUAGUUACUGAAGAUAGCUUCUUUGUGCAGGAGGGACUUUGUUCCUGAUUUUACCUUGUGGACCACCCUGAGAUCUUUUGAUGAAGGGCAGUAUAUAAAUCUAAUAAAUAAAAAAUAUGUGUCAGAAUUGCAGUAUUAAGGCUGCAAACAUACACACACUUACUUAGGAAUUAUUUUGGCGGGGGGAGGUUGAAAUACCAGGGAGGGAUAGUUUCCCCAAACUCCCAGUGGCUACAAGCUCUAGGCAGUUCUGCAUACGUGUAUUUAGAAACAUAGUGUGCAUGUAAAUCAGUCAUAGCUGGAAAUCUAGUAUGUGAGCUCAUUGCAUAAGAGAAGGUCUGGUGUGUGCCCACAGUUGCUUGUUCGCCAUAUAGCCGUAAGCUGUGGGUGGCAAGGGAUUGAGGGUUCACGUGAGCACACCUCUAUGACGAGGAGGGUAUUUUAUUAAAAUUAUACAGCGUUGCUUGUUUGCACCUAACAGGGCAAUCCUUUGCACACCUCCUUACAAACUUUACACCCAGGAAAGUUUGCAGCUUCGAUCUUGACUGUACAGUGGUGGCACGGGGUGGGGAAUGAGGGGGGAUACAGAAGGCAUAUAGGAUAUUUCUAGAGGGGCGAGUUGUCUCCCAUAUGUUCAGAUCUCCAAAAGAAAAAUAUGUUCGUGGCAGGAGUCCAGCAAGUGGAGGGGGCGGACAAGUGGGAGGCAAGCGCCUUAUAUACAUCGCGGGUCCUUUUCGAGCUGUGCGCUGGAACAGACCCCAAGCUCCUUCCUCAUCCCGGGAAACCAGUCCUGCUGGACGGCUAAGGCGUCUCUCUCUCUCUCUCUCGCUCUCUCUCGCUCUCUUUGCAGACGGUGCGCGUCCAGGGCAACGACAUCUCCCACCGGCUGCGGCUCUCCGGUGUGCGGCGACAGGACGAGGGCGUGUACGAGUGCCGCGUGUCGGACUACGGCGACGAGGACACUCAGGAGCACAAGGCCCAGGCGCAGCUGCGCGUCCUGGCGCGCUUCUCCCCGCCCGACGUGCAGGCGGCCGAGGCGGUCUCGCACAUCCAGAGCAGCGGCCCGCGCAGGAGUAGCCCGCCCGGGCGAGCCACGGCCGAGCCGCGCCUGGGGGACAAGCGUCUCCUGCCGGCGCAGGGCGAGGCAGCAGCCUCCUCUUCCUCCUCCUCGUCAGCAGCCUCCAUCCCCGCCGCGGCUUCCUCGUCGUCGUCCUCUUCCUCCUCCAACUCCAGCACCACGACUAUCGUGGCGGCGGCGGCAGCAGCAGCAGCGUCGUCGGCCUCGCCUCCGCCGGGCAAAGCCACCAUCCUUCGCCAGCAGCACGGAUCAGGUAGGUGGAGGCGCAGCGACACCCGACGGGGCGCGGCGAGAAGCGCAGGGAUCUUCCCGCGGCGCGGCUGGAAGACCGUAUCUGGCAGCCGGCGAAUGUGGACCAUGUCGAGGCCUUGCCAAAAAGGGAGCCGGAGGGGCACGGCUGGGUGUAUGUAGCAGCAUCUCCCGGGAAAUGGAAAUAUUGGGCUCCCUUUUCUGCUUGGGAGAAGCCGAGUGCCAGUUUGGAGUCCGCUUUGGGUCUCCUUUCCCAGCUCGUUCCUUCUAAUCCUUUUAACAAAAGCAUAUGGCGUGUUUGGAGGAGAAACGCCAAAUCCUUGUUCACCUCUUCUUCCUUGAGAAAAUAUUUCCCGACUAUGUCGGGCUAAAUUGUCAGAAGUUUUACAUGAGCGAAAAGAUAACAAAAUGUACACACAGAAUGAGAAUUCUUCUUUUGGGACUUAAUAAUUUUUUCUGAGUUUUUAAAAUCUCAUUUUCGUGGCUCAGAUGAAUUUAAUCACCCUCCAACAGCGGGAGGAAAUAGAUAGAUAGAUAGAUAGAUAGAUAGAUAGAUAGAUAUAGAUUAACUCUUUACUACUUAGAUCUGCAACAUUUCUUGGUUUGUGUAACAUUUCUGAGAAUUGAGUCUCAUGUAGGAAGAAAAUAACUUAACAAAUAGAAAAUUGUCAUUUCCCGAACACAUUCAUUUUUGCUCAGGCUUAUUUAGUAUUCUCUGGUUUGUUUUUUUAUUUAAUUCCCCCACCACACCACCACCAUUUAAUAUUUUUGUAAGAGUUCAGAUAUAUUUAUGAGCAACUUCUCACAGAAUUGUAGAAAAGUAGAGUUGGAAGGGGCCCCAAGGGUAAUCUAGUCCACCUCCCUGCAAUGCAGGAAUAAUAGCUAAAGAACCCCUGAUGGAUGGCCAUCAAAUCUCUUUCUAAAAAAACCCAAUGAAGAAGAGUCCACCACCUUCUGAGGGAGUCCGUUCCACUGUCAAAUAGCUCUUAAUGAUUCUCAGAAUGAUUCGUGCUCUGAAUUGUGCAGUUGAAAAGCUCACACCUUUUCAUAGGAACUAUUUUUUUACUGCUCAGUACCAGAAAGUGGUUAUAAUACACCACUGAAAAUGUGGGCUCCAUGCAAUUUUUGCCUCGCUGGGUGCCAUUCAGUCUACAUGAUGGGGAUAAUAGGUUUAUACUAUCUUACAAUGUUAUUAUAAUGAUUAUAGGGAUAAUUUAUGUGAAUUGUUUUCAGUCCUGUAAAGUACACUAUUGUCAAUUGCCAUUUGGCGGAAGCAAAAAUGUUUUCUCACACAAGCCUUCGGUGACAGUUUUAAAGAGUUCUGUCCCGCUGCAAAAAUUAGCACUGGGAAAAUGUUUGUAAUAGGGAUCUUGCUGAGGCCGCCUUGACUCUUUCUGUGAUGUUUUGUUUUGUUGCGACACCCGUGCUGGAACUGACUCCCUUGGCAGCAGGGCCUGUUGAUUUCAAAGAAGCUUAUUUCCAGGUGUAUUUGAGAAUGUAAGAAUUUGAUAGCAAUUCCACAAGACUGUUUGCUUGUGGGAAAGGUAGCAGGCAUGGGGAAGUGGGUGCUUAGAGCAGAUAGUAAACAAGCUCUGUACAUAUCAACAAAAGAGAAGAUAUAUGUGCUUCUGAAGAUCAAACUAUCACCUAUCCCUUGUUUAUUGGUCUGCCGCAUGAGAGCAUAUUCUUCCUCAACCUGGUGGUCUCCAGAUGUUGUUGAACUACAGCUCCUAUAAUACCUAGAACAUAGGAAGCUUCCUUAUCCUUAUGAGUCAGACCAUUGACCCCUCAAGGGGGUGGCAUGCAUUUUGGGACUUUUUAGUUUAGAGGAGCAUGACAGAAGUUUAUAAAAUGAGAGAAAAUAGAGAAAGGGGAUGAAGAAAAGUCCCCUCUCCACUCAUGACGCUAGAAUGCAUGGACUUCUGUCCAAUGAAGUUGAACAUUGGAAUUCAGAAAAGAUAAAAGGAAGCAUCUUCACACAGCACAUGGUUAAACUAUGGAAUUCUCUCCCACGGGAGGCAGUGAUAGCCACCAACUUAGAUGGCUUUCAGAGAGGAUUAGUCAAAUUCAUGGAGGAGGAGAAAACUAUUGAUGGCUACUUGCCAUGGUUGGUAUGCGCUGCUUCCACAGUUGGAGGCAGCAAGGCUUCUGAAUACUGAUUGCUGAAAACCACGGGAUGGGAGGGUGCUCUUGUGCUUGAAUCCUGCUUGCUGGUCUCCCACUGGCACCAGCUCAAGUGAGAACAGGAUGUUGGAAUAGGUGGGUCACUGACCUGAUGAUGCUCUGCCCCUGAGUUACAGCCUUUUCCCCGACCACAGGUCAUGCCAACUGGAGCUGAUAGAAGAGCAUUUUGGAGGGUAAAAGUAUGUGUGCUCUGAACUAGAAAAUCCUCCAUUAUGAACGCUCAUAGCCAUUCCUUUUCAAGCCUUGGUUUCAUCUGUGAAGUGGUAACAAUAAUGCUGAACUUUCCUAAAAAGUGCUGUUGUAAGAAAUUCUUGGACAUUGGAAGGUUGUGACAUUAGAACAAUAGAACACUGCCUCCAUUUUCCAACACUUUUCUCCACUUUGGAGAGAAAAGUGUUGUUGCACUCAGGUCCUGCUUGUGUGCUUUCCAUAAACAUCCAUUGUGGAUGUUGGGCGAAAUGGACUACUGGCCUGCUCCAGAAAUGAUUUUGUUAUGUUUUUAAACUCUGAACGAUAAUAUGAUGUAUAGUGUAGAGCAGAGUGUCCCCCAGAUGUUGUUGGACUACAACUCCCAUCAUCUCUGACCAUUGGCCAUGUUUACUGGGGCUGAUGGGAGUCCAAUAAUAUAUGGAUGGCACCAUGCUGCCCCCCCCCCCCCGGUUAAGAGUACUAGACGUCCAAAACAAACAUCCCAGAAAAAAAACUUCCAGCAAGAUGAAAGAGAGUACAUUCUAAGUCAACAUCACAUUUCUUACUGCAUUAAUUUCAGUGCUUAGCAGAGUUCAGUACUGGUCACACUAUGUUUAACAGAGACAGAUCUGGCAUGCUAUGCUCAGAGGGUUACAGCUGUAUGUUGUCAUAAACUGUCACAACAAAUUUUUGCUGGGCUUUAUUCAUGCCUCGGCCACCAUUUCCCCUCUACACACAAAUAUGUAGAGCAAGAGGUCAUUUCUGUCUGUAUCAAGACUGGUUCAUGUUGCUGUUUAUGAUAGAUGAGCUGACUCCAGAGAGAGCUGUGAAGGAGUAUGUGGUACUUUUUUGCCCGCUGGUUCCUAUCAAUGUGGCAUAGAUCCUAGAAGUAGAGUAACUGUGUCUGCUUGAUACAAUGAGAAAAACCUCUCCUUCCAGGAAGGAAGGAGGAAAAUCACCCACUGGGGAAGCGGACUCCAUGAAGGUUGUUAACUUCAUGCUUUAGAGGGGAGCUUCCCUUAAGCAUUUUGCUUAAGUGUUGGAAAUAGUGAUGGUCAAUUCCUAGUGCUAGUUUUGACCUAUAAAGCCUCAUGUCGCUCAGGGCCCCAGUAAGUUAGGGACCACCUUUCCCUGCAUGAACCCACCUAGAUCCUGCAUUCAUCAUCUGAGCACCUUCUCCAUUUGCCCCCUCCAAGGGAGCUGCAGAGGGUAGUAAUAUGAGAACAGACCUUUUCAGUGGUGACUCCCCAAUUGUGGAAUGCUCUUCAAAGAGAAAUGUGCUUGGUUGCGCUUGGUAAAGGCCAUCAUUAACAACUUUUAGGUGCCAGGCAAAGACAUUCCUGUUCACCCAGUCGUUUGACUCUCAAUUCCAUGUUGUCCAUGUAUUUUAAUGGGUCUACUUUUGAGUAAAACUGAGUUGAUGCCUCUUUUGGUCUGUGCUGCCUGCACUCAUCCUGCUAGAGUCAGAGCUGGUAUUUAGUCCAGCUUGCAUGCAUCAAAUAUGGAAAUUUAUGGUUGAAAACUGUUCCAUCUAGAGGUGCCUUUAGGAGAUGAAAGCAUGUAUCCAGUGUCAGCCAUGCUCUGAAGAGAUCUAUUGCAAGUAAUGAACAAAACAAACUUAUGACCUUUAAUUUUAAUAGGUAUACUCUGAGUAAAGGUUAGUUGGAUACAGCCCAUGUUCUCUAUGCUCACCAUGGGUAAGCAGUGGCUGAGAGACAGAGGCAGGAAUCUACAUUCCUGCACGCAACUGGAAGCAACUUUUCUUCACUUUUUAAAAGGUUAUUUUGUGUUUAGUUUUUGCACAAGGGAUGAGCAGGUGUAAACAAUGCAUUAAUUCAGAAAAUUACAUUGUGUGGUAUGGCUUAUUUUUUAAAUAAGAGGAAUGGAGUAAAUCUUGUAUGAAAAUCUUGUAUGAAAAUCAUACUUGGGUCCUCUUACAUGGAAGCUCUUUCCCUGUCCAUAGAAGUGUAGACAUUAACUGAUAGAGGGGUAGAGACGAGGAGACAAGGGCACUCUCUUUGUGUGUAAUGGCAUACUUUUCUAAAUAAGUGUUGGGCAGAACCUCUUGUGAUGAAAAAAUUGCAUCCCUCCCAAGUAAAUUGUUACUAGCCACCACUGCGCCUACCGACCUUCAGCACCCUUAACAAACCACAGCUCCCAUGAUUAUUUGGGAGGAAGCCGUUACUGCUUUUAUUUUUAAGAUGUCUAUACCACCCUUCAUCCUGAGGAUCUCAGGGUGGUUUACAAUAUAAAAACAUGAAAAUGCAUAACAUAAUAACAAACACAAAGAGUGAACAAAACCCCACCAUUUAAAAUGCCAUAGAUGGUUGGUUUAGUCCAAGGCCUGGGAGAAGAGGAAUGUUUUUAUCCGCUGCCUAAAGAGAUGUAACGAAGGCACCAGGUGAGCCUCCCUGGGGAGAGCAUUCCACAAGCAGGGAGCCACCACAGAAAAGGCCCGUUCCCGAGUUGCCAAACCCCAAAACUCUUGCGAAGGAGGCACAUGAAGAAUGGCCUCAGAUGACGAUGGCACGGUCUGGGUUGGUUCAUAUGGGGAGAGGCAGUAUGAUACCGCUUUGAAUUUACAGUGCAGAUGGGGCCUGAGCCUUCCGACUAUCAAAGAGAAAAAUCAAGCUUCCUGCACAGCCUUGCGUAGACCGCCUGUGGGUUGUGAAGUGCAUAUGCCCUAAUGAAACAGCCAGAUCAGAUUGUAAUGGGCACAAAGCCACGCUAACAGAUGGGCAUAAACAUUUGCAGCUAAAAGAGCAUGUCAGAUAUGUCUGUUAGGGCAAAGAUCCCCUGCCCCUGAUAAUCUGGCCUUAUCUUUUCUAUCUGCUCUAUAUCUCUGGUGGUUGGACAUGUUCGUGAACAGGGAACACUGUGUUAACAAACCAUUUGAAGCCUCCUGCACUGAUGAUUGGGCAGGAAAUGUUGCAGCCAGUUAACGGAGAGGCAAUCUUAGAUCACAAGAGAAUUCAGUGCAAAGUGAGAAGGUGUAUGAUGGGUGGAGCCAGUCCCAGAAUGUGUUCUGAAGGCACAGCUUUGCAGGUCUGGGUCUGGUCAGUGCCUUCAUGGGGCAUCUUCUAGGGAAGUCCUAUUAUGAGGGGAUCCCAACAGGCAUCAGGAGGGUGCUGAAAGUGUUCCAGAGCAAUAUGAAAAGGCAACAUCCAGGAAGAGUCAGUUUCAGUCCUCAGCAUGAAGCAGGAGGGGAAGGAGGGGAAAACAGGAUUGAAAGAGGAGUGACACUGAGAGGACAAGGAAAGAGAGGCAGGUGAGGGGAGGUGGUGGAGGAGGAGGCAGAAGAGACAGACAGCGAAGCAAUACCUCAAAGGGAAAAGUGCAGGAGGGAAAGAGCAAAAGUGAAAGAGUAAAAAGCGGGAGGCCAGAGGGAGGGAGGGAAUGAAGGAGGGAGGGGAAAGAGCUGACAGGAAAAUUAUUUGUUUAUUUAUAUCCCCCCAUUUCCCCCGGCCGGGACUCUAAAACAGAGGAGUAUCCAGUGAUGCAGAGGGGUAACUAAACUCUAAGAGCAAAGCCUCUUCCAGGAGGUUCUUUGCAAAGAAGAGGCCUUCUGAGGCUCUGAGGACUCCUGGGCCAGGAAAAACAUGGCGCCUUCCCUGAGUUCUGUUAUGGUAAAACGAAGGCAUGUGAAUGGAAGAAGCACAUAAGCAAACAAUGGGAGAGUGCUGGUGCAAGCUCUUAAGCACCGGAUUUAUGUGCUGAUGUCAGGUCUGUCCCCGUCAACAGUCUAUCCCAGGGCAGUCCACAGGUGGCCCUUGAGACCUUUUCUGGUGGCCCUCAGCAACAUUUGACACCCCACCCCACUGGGCUUUGGGAAGGAGGCAUGAGGGCUCUGACAGGGUCCUAGAGCCCUCCAACCUCCUUCCCAAAGCCUAGUUAAUGCUUCCCCAGCUUUGGGAAGGGGGUGGGAGGGCUUUAGGACCCUGCCAGAGCCUUGUGCCUCCUUUCCAAAGCCCAGUGCCUUGCUUAGCCUGGGAAGGCAGCGCAAAGGGGUACAUCAAGUUUUGGCCUCUGGAAAAGGUGGAAUGAGGAGUGGAUGGUUCAUUAUAAGUGCACCACGAAUGCACUAUUAUUGCAUCAUGGACAUGUUUGUGGACUGCUGCCCCCAGGGAGGCUCACCUGGCACCAUCAUUACAUAGCUGCAGGAGCCGGGGGGGGCAUUUCUUUUUCACUAGGCCUCUGUGCCUAGUGGAAGUCUCUGUAUUGGAGGGUGAAGGGAGUUUCCAGGAGGUCUUCAGUUUUGUGAUGUACUAGCAGAUGUUUGCGGUACAUUUUGUAUCCUUGCCUAAUUACUGAAGCAUUAAUAGCACCUCUGCAUUUGUUUGAUUUAACCUUUCUGAUCCUGAGGUUAAUAAAAUGUGUGUUUUUGGCAGACGCUCUGUGAAUAAUGUGUUUAAAAGCAGCUGUACAAGAAAUAGAUGCUCAAAACUAAACUCAUUAAAUGUUUUAAUGCAUUUGCCUAAGAUAAUGUUUUUCUCAUAUAUAUAUAUAUAUAUAUAUAUAUAUAUAUAUAUACACACACACAUAUAUAUAUAUAUAUAUAUGCAUCCCAGUUUAUUUUGGGAUGGAAGGACCUGACAAUUGUGGUUGACUCUGCUUCUCCUUUUUCCAAUCUGAAAUUCAGAUCUCCGUCUUUUUGCAGCGAUCGGAAGGUUUUUCUUUUAUAAAAUCCUCAUUAAAAUCCAUCAGCAUUUUAGUGAGAAUGUCUCCUAGUAAAUACAUUUUUAGAUGCAGUUUGGACUCAUGAACACAUCUUUUCAAGCCGUUGUUCCUAAUACAAUGUUCUCUUGCAUGUUAUUUUCACUAAUAUCUUCAAUCGGUACGCACACUUUCCCAUAAUAUGUGUUUUUUCUGAACAUUGGUUGGACAACUGAAUUGCAAAAUUUGGAUAAAUGCCAGUUUCAAAGCACUGCUGUGUUUCAGUUUGCAUACUGAGAGUGUGAUUUGGCUUUGCAUGUGUACUGAAUUUCUUCUCCAUCCCUAUCUCUGACAUCGCCAGUCUUAAAAGGAUCAGGUAGAAAGUGAUGGGAACUUGAGACUCUUAACGAGCUGCUGCCAUUCAAAGCAGAUAACAGUGGGCUCUAGUCACUCAAGUUAAUUGUGCAUAGCCAAAGACCUUUACAAAAUACAAAAUUUGCAAAGCAACACAAGAAUUAGAGGGAAAUAUUGUUAUGGAAGCUCACAGGACAACUGUUAAUAGCUGUGUAUACCAUCCUAAGGGUAACAAAGCAUGGGAUUGAAAUUGAUAAUACAUUAUAAUUAUUGAUAUGGCUAGGGCUGUGAGAUGGCCGGGGAAAAUAUUUGGGCCUGGUGUAAGGCAACUUCCCAUGUUGCUAAUAUUGUCCUUCCCCAAUUAUCCUAGUCAAUAGACUUUGGAUGUGGAACCUGAUGCCCUACAGCUACUAUCAGGCUGAACCAGCAUGUGAAUGAUCAGGGAUGAUUAGUGUUGUAGUCCAACAGUACUGAACUAGACGAGCCAAUGGUCUGGCUCAAUAUAAGGCAGCUUCCUAUGCAGCUUCCUAUAAUAGGAGGCACCUGUGUGGUUGCUAGACUCCAAUUCCCAUCAGUCCCAGCCAACAUGACAAAUGGUCAAGGAUGAUGGGAGUUGUAGUCCAGCAGUAUCUGAGAGAAAUACCACAUUGGCUACCCCUGGUACAUACUGCCACUUCACUAACAGACCCUCCAGGUGUCCCUAUUUUCCAGGGACAGUUCUGGAUUUACAGAAGCCGUCCCUGUGUCUGAUUUGAUCCUGGAAUAUCCCACUUUUCCUUAGGAUGUCCCUAUUUUCAUUGGAGAAAUGCUGGUGGGAAUAGAGUUAUGCAACUCCCAAACUAAGGAGUUAAGUAACUAUACAGCCUUUAGAAGACAUCUGAAGGCAGCCUUGUAUAGGGAAGUUUUUUGACGUUUAAUGUUUUAUUAUGUUUUAUAUAUGUUGGGAGCCAUCCAGAGUGACUGGGGCAGCCCAGUCAGAUAGGUGGGGUAUAAAUAUGAUGAUGAUGAUGAUGAUGAUGAAAUAGGACAUUCUUCUUUUCAUCAGAGAAAUAUUGGAGGGUGUGCACUGUUUGCCCAUUUUAACAACUAAGGGCUACAGCAUUGUUUCCUGAUGUAGAAGAGAUCUGGGUCCAGCAGCUAGUCUACUUAUCCUAGGUAUAUUAAAUACCACAAAGGAUAUUUGCCAUAAUUGAAAUCAAGAUAGGGUUCUUAAAUGUCACUAGGCAAGAAACAUGCAAAAGGAACUUCUUAUUAAACAUGCAUCACUAGAGGUUUUUUAAAGCCAGGCUUAUUAAGGACUCCCUUGAAUUGUGGUGAGGUCAAGCGAGGGAACAAGGGGUUGUUGUUUCUUUGUAAUGGGAUGUUGAUUAAUUCCUAGAGUAUGAAAAAUGUCCUUAGAGUCCACCAGAGGAAACAGAUAGGUGGUUGAACUUCCUCAUUAGGAAGGUUUGUGAUGGUUGAGAGCUAUAUGUGGCAGUGCUUAAUUCUUAAAAUGAGGGUUCAGACAUGCCUAGAAUGUGGAGUCCCUGCUAUGAACACACACUCUUUUAAAAAAAAUAAAAAAGAGUCUCCAAGCACCUUAAGGACUAGUAGAUUUAUUGUGGUGGCUGUUUUCCUAGAUUAGAGCUCAUUUCAUCUGAUGCAUGCCUGGAACAUUGUUCUCAGAUGGCUGAUGUACAGACAGGAAUGCAAAAAGAGGAGUCCCCAAAGGUACACAGGAGAUUAUUCACAGGUACACAGAAUAUCUGCCUCUUAAAGAUGGAGGUGGAUCUGCAUGAGAGCUGGAUUUUAUCUUUCCCAAAAUAGGGGAUUGGCCUUUGUAUGUUUCAUCUUUCCAGCAACCCUGGGUGCUACAUGAAACCUGCAAAGGUUGUAGUUUAGGGCUCCUCCAAGCUUACAGAGAGGUUAGACUCUAUUCAGUCUUUUCAGUCCUGAUUCAGUCUGUUUCAGUCCUGAUUUGUUUGUGCAGAGGUCAGUGCUGGAUUACCGAAUAGGUAGGCUAAGCAUGUGUUUAAGCCACCAGCAAAACAGGAACACCCAACUAGAAUUGAGGAAUUUUUUUAAUUAAAAAAGAAAAAGAAUUUGACAUUUGUUUUUUUAAACAAAUCAUCAAAGUAGUCAUCAUUCUUCUAAUGUUGAUUAUUACUAAAUGCUCCGCAGAUCACUCUUUUUCUUGGCUGAAAUGAAAAAAUCCUCAGAUAACAACAAUAUGUAAGGACAGAUUUGAUUCACUUUCUCCACUGUGUCUGGAAGCGGGCCUGCUUUGUUGAGUCAGCUUCAAUGAACUUUUCAAGAAUUUUGCCAUCAGAAAACUAGAAAGAAGCUGUUUUAAUUUCAGCAUGAAUAGUAGAUUUGUCACAUUUAAAAAAAAAACUUUCCAUUUUAUAAUUUCAUGUUGUUUUUAUUUAGAAUUAUGUAUGGAGGGGCACCAUUAUCUUUUCAGUGUUUAGGGCCUCUAAAGGUUUUAAUCUGGCCCUGGGAAAGAUUAUACGAUAAUGAGCAUUCGUCGUGAAUUCAUCAAGAUUUGUUUGUAUGGUGAUCCAUUCAUCCAUCCUUUUCAGUUCAUUUUCCUAAUCACAAAGGUACCAUUUAAAAACAAAAACAAACCAAAAAAAACCAUGUAUUUGUUGCAUCAGGGCAGCAGAUCCACUUUAAUUAUCCAAACCUAGAUUUCUAAUCUGCACUUGACUUCCCCCUUGCAAAAGCCUGGAGGUAGCCAGAGUCUUACUUGAAUUCUUCCUGCCUAUUUCCACAGAGGCACCUUGAGAAUAAGGUAAAGGUAAAGGGACCCCUGACCAUUAGGUCCAGUCGUGGCCGACUCUGGGGCUGCGGUGCUCAUCUCGCUUUAUUGGCCGAGGGAGCCGGCGUACAGCUUCCGGGUCAUGUGGCCAGCAUGACUAAGCCGCUUCUGGCGAACCAGAGCAGCGCACAGAAACGCCAUUUACCUUCCCACCUAUUUAUCUACUUGCACUUUGACAUGCUUUCAAACUGCUAGGUUGGCAGGAGCAGGGACUGAGCAACGGGAGCUCACCCCAUCUUGGGGAUUCGAACCACCGACCUUCUGAUCCGCAAGUCCUAGGCUCUGUGGUUUAACCCACAGUGCCACCCGCGUCCCUACCUUGAGAAUGGCCUACAUUUAAAGCAGUAAUAUGUCACUUUAAACAGCCAUGGCAUCUCCCAAAGAAUCCAGGGAACUGUAGUUUGUUAUGGGUUCUGAGAAUUGUUAGGAGACUCCUAUUCCUAUCACAGAUUGCUAUAGCAAUCUGUACAGCAAUCAAAGAGUAGUUCUGUACAUGGCAUAGGGGGUCUCCUAACAGUUUACAAUAGAAACAAAUUAAGUUAUAAGGCUCCUUUUGUGGGGUGUUUGCAGUAAUAGAAUAACAUUUACGCCUUUAGGGUUUGUCAUUAUCUGAUGGGGCAGGUCUUUCCUCUAAUCCAGAUGUGUGUGGGAUGACUUACAGAUAUAUAAUUAUGUGGAGUAGAUGGGAGAGGCACCCUGUAAAAACUUCUCUCCUUUAAAAAAAUAAAAUUGGAAGAGGCAACCAAUAUAGUCAUUAACUGUGAAAUGUCUGAGAAAAGAGAAAGACUGUUCCCACUGAGAGUUCACAAACCCAAGAUUUACUUGUAAAUACAUCCAUCAAUGCUGUGAGUCUACCCAAAAAAACAAAAGUUUUGCUAGCGCAGUCACUUUCAUAUACCUAUAGUAGUCACUGAUAGUAUGUUAGCAGCUUGGAAUCUGAAGCUCCAGGAUCAUAAUUGUCCAUGGGCUAAUGACAGUGGACAACAGCAUCCGCCUCUAAGGCCACUACCUUGAAAUGUGCUGCACUCAAGAAAGCUGCCAAUUUAGGAUACCCUCACUGCUCUCACCGCCCAAAAUCCCUGGGACAACAGGAGCAGCACUGAGGCCAAGUGGAUACCCAAACUAGGAAGUUCAAUGACUAUCUGGCAACACAAGGUCUCCAAUAUUGAGUUCUAUGUGGGAAGAUGACUUCAGAAUCAUGCUCUGUAUCAUGGCUAUGCUGAUGCUCUAGAAAGCGGUGGGGCAACUAAAAAAAAUGUUCAGGUGAUGCUUAGCUACUGCUAAUGCAACACCCCUUCUUUCCCAUUUCCAAGUUCUGCUUUACUGCUUAGCUCAGGGGUAGAGAACCCUGUGACCCUUAAGAUAUGGUUUGGAUUCCCAACAUUUGAUCUCUCUGGCUGAAGUUGAUGGGAGUUGGAGCCCAACAAUGUUUGGAGGGCCACAGGUUUCUCAUCCUUGCCUUAGCUGCCCAAGUCCUCUGGUUUUUUGAAAACCUUCUUGCUGAUCUGCUGGACAGCUCCUUUCAUAAUACAGCUGCGGUAGCAGGAACUGCAACAGUAAAUAGGUGCUUAACAGGGCAGUUGUAUACAGUGGUACCUCAGGUUAAGAACUUAAUUCAUUUUGGAGGUCUGUUCUUAACCUGAAACUGUUCUUAACCUGAAGCACCACUUUAGCUAAUGGGGCCUCCAGCUGCCGCAGCGCCGCCAGAGCACAAUUUCUGUUCUCAACCUGAAGCAAAGUUCUUAACCCGAGGUAAUAUUUCUGGGUUAGCGGAGUCUGUAACCUGAAGCAUCUGUAACCCGAGGUACCACUGUAUAUGCUUCCCAGGCAUAAGCCCCCUUGAGUUCAAUGGGACUUACUCCCAGGUAAAGAUCAAACCAUAAGAACAUAAAAAGAGCCUGCUGGAUCAGACCAUCUAGUCCAGCAUCCUGUUCUCACAGUGGCCGAACAGCUGCCUGUGAAAAAACAGCAAGCAGGAUUCGAACUCAAGAGCCCUCUCUCCUUCUGUGGUUCCCAGCAACUGGUAUUCAAAAGCAUUGCUGCCUCCAACUGUGGAGGCAGAGCAUUGUGGCUAGUAGCCAUUGAUAAUCCUCUCCUCCAUGAAUUGGUCCAUUCCUCUUUUAAAUCCAUCCAAGUUGGUGGCCAUCUCUGCCUCCUGUGGGAGCGAGUUCCAUAGUCUAACUAUGUGCUAUGUAAAGAAGUCCUUCCUUUCAUCUUAGUUAAGAAUAUAAGAAGAGCCUGCUGGAUCAGGCCAAUGUCUAGUCCACCAUCCUCUUCUCAAAGUAGCCAAUCAGAUGCCUGUGGGAAGCCUGCAGGACAAGAGCACCCUGCUCACCUGCGAUUCUCAGCCACAAACAUACAGAGGCAUGAUGUCUCUGACACUGGAGGUGGUUCCAUGCUGGAGUCUUUUUCCUUCUUUCUUUUCUGUGAAGCAAAGCCAACAUUUUUAUUAACAAGGGCCAAAAAGGUCUGGAAGUAGAGAAGAAAAGCACAGCAAUUGUGAGUAUUUUGAAAGGACCCGGUUUGUGUUGUUGCUGUUGUUCCCCCCCCCCCCCCGGUACAAAUCUCUGACAGCAUUGUAUUAGGAGGAAGAUGAAUUGAUUAUAGGUUUUUAAUUUAAGGAGUGCGUCUUGUGGCAAGUGCACAAUGCCUGUAUGUACCACUGCGCUCCUGCGAGCAAGGCAGGAACAAAGCAACUGUGUGCAUCAAUAUUAAACAGCUCCUGUUGGGUUUUGCAUUGGUAAAAGCCGGGGUGUCAGUGAAACGGGGGGUUAUUUGUCACAACAGUCCUUAGCAACCGUUAUUUUUGCAUUGCUGGGCUGUUACCAACAGGGAGGCAAAUUGCUGUCAUCGGAGAAGUGGAGCACUUUAGCAGAACAGCAGAAUCUGUAUCUUGCGAAUAUGGCUCUGGGCAAGGAAAGGAUGUCACCAUUCAGUCCGGCACCAGUUCUGACUUCAAAAGGACAAAGCUUAGUAGGGAGAGAAUGAUGGUUGGGAGGCAUGCAAUGCACCAGCCCUUGCUGAACACGCGGAGGUACGAGGGAGACUGGCUGGAAACCUGAGGCCGCACUGAAUUCCAUGAAGGAAUGGCUCCGAUCUGGUGGAACGCUCUGUCACAAGAGACUAGGGCCCUGCGGGACUUGACAUCUUUCUGCAGGGCCUGCAAGACAGAGCUGUUCCACCAGGCCUUUGGUCAGGUCACAUCUGACUCCUCCUUUGGCAAUCUUCACAGAACUCUAGCCCAAUGGUUGCCAUCAAUUUGAUUUGAAUUAAUUUUAUAAUGAAAUGAUUUUAAAAUGUUGUACUAUUUUAUUGUUGUUAGCCGCCCUGAGCCCGGCUUUGGCUGGGGAGGGCGGGAUAUAAAUAAAAGUUGUUGUUGUUGUUGUUGUUGUUGUUGUUGUUGUUGUUGUUAUCAUCAUCAUCAUCAUCAUUAAGGAAGAGAGGCAGGGCAGAGAUCUUCCAGCCACCCAGCCAGCCAUGCCCUGCUGAAAUGAUACUCCAUUCCACCUCCCCCCUCAACUGGUUUUACAUCCCCUACUCCACCCCAAACAGUUGGCAUUCUGUAGCAGCUACAAAGCACACUCUGUCUUCAUAUGGCUGUUUUUGAAGUUUUUCCUUCCCCCAAUAAUAAUAAAAAAAUGUCUCUGUACUUCUGCAGACUCCUGUCUUAAACCAUGGACAGCAGCUGUAAGUCACUGUCGACAAUACUGUGAUAGAUCAGCUAAGAUCUGACUUGGUCCAAGGCAGCUUCCUAUGCUCCUAGGUCUAUAAAAUUGGGCAUAGUGGCUAUAGAGAUGUUUUCCUUCACUUCUUGAUGAUUGGGAGAUUCAGGACAGGCAAGGAAGGAACUACUUCUUCACAUCAUGUGUAGUUAACCUGUGGAACUCACUGCCACAAGACACACUGAUGGCUGCAGACUUUAGGCGGCUUUAUUUUUUAUUAUUUCACAAAAUGCACAUACUGUUAGAUUGUUAUUUUUUUAAGAGCUCAAAAAGAACAACACAGCAAAAUUACCAGUGAAAAAACAGUGACAUAAAACAUCUGCUUCAAUCUGCACUUCUAACCAUUGAGGCUACCUGGGCCUCCAAUGACGAAACUGGAUGCAGAAUCACCCACCCCAGAUUGCAGACUUGCUCCUUCAGGGAGAGGGAAUCCCAUCCAGGUUAGGCAAUUGCACCAGUUUCCUGGUCAUGGGAGCUACUGGCUUUGUUUUGCCAGGAUUCAAGCUCAGCUUCCUUUUCGCCAUCCCUCUCACCUCUGCAUCCAAACACGGAUACAGGGACUGCACAGCUCUCCUAACUCAGAUGUUCUGGAGAAACAGAGCUGAGUGUCAGCAGCAUAAUGAUGGCACAUUGGCCCCAAAUUCCUCAAGACUGCUCCCAGCUUUCAACAGGCAUUAUACAAAUUCGUGACAAAUAAGGCUAUCAAAUGGCUGUGCGCGGCUACCUCCAGGAGUAUACUUCUGAAUACCCGUGGUUCAUGAGCAACACUGGGAGAGGGUUAUUGCCUUCAGGUCCUGCUUAUGGGUUUUCUAGAGGCACCUUUCUGUCCAGUAAGAAAUGGGAUACUGGCCUAGAUACUGGCCUUUGAUCUGAUCCAGCUCUUUUCACAUUCUCAUGAAGUAUUCUAAGCAAUGGAAAGCGCUGUACAAAUAUUAGGCAUCGUUGCACUACACAUCUAAGAGAUCCACACAGGCAUAUGGAAGAAGCAAAUUCAACUGUUUGACCCACUGGUCUGCAAAAACUGACCAAGUGUUGAACUAUGAUGCUAACGUUUUAUAGGGUUAUGACCUGAUCCCUUUAAAGAUUAAUUAUCUAGCUCUUUGCUGUCCUACUCACAAGACAGAUAAGAGAUUAUUCUCAAAAGACAGGGAAAUACCCCUGGGGAUUUCACAAGCCAUCUGUUGUAAACCAACAUUUGCCCUGCAUUUUUAAACUUCCGCAGUUUGCAUACAGGAAAAGAUUAAUAUGCAUUGAGUAGUUUAACAAUCAACUCCUCUUCCCAGGGAACUCUGAGAACUGUAACUCUGUGAGCAGAAUGGGAGGCCUGCGAAGAACUCUCAGCACCCAUAACAAACUACAGAUCCCAGAAUUCUUUGGGGGGAGCCAAGGCUGAUUAAAGUGUGAGGCAGAAACUAUCCUACACCCUCCCCCUUUGUGUUUCCCAGCAACUGGUAGGAGUAGGGCUGAGCGAUAUAUCAACAUAUCGUCCAAAACCAGUUUGAGGUCCAUAUCAUGAUACAGUGGUACCUUGGGUUACAUACGCUUCAGGUUACAUACGCUUCAGGUUGCAGACUCCACUAACCCAGAAAUAGUACCUUGGGUUAAGAACUUUGCUUCAGGAUGAGAACAGAAAUCGUGCAGCGGUGGCGCAGCGACAGCAGGAGGCCCCCAUUAGCUAAAGUGGUGCUUCAGGUUAAGAACAGUUUCAGUUAACCACAGACCUCCAGAACGAAUUAAGUUCUUAACCUGAGGUACCACUGUACUGGUUUCAUAAUUUUUGACCUGGCAAUUUAUUGCAAAUCGGGGGGGGGGGGGGUGUUAUGCAAUAAUCACAAUAUAGAAAAAAAAACACCAUGAACCUAGCCAGUUCCUCUUCAUAAUUCCAUCCUUAUUUCAUAUAUUAGUAUAUUGCAAUGUUUAGCUGGUGAUAUAUCACAAAGCUGAAAACCAGAUAUCACCCAACCCUGCUGUUCACUUCUACAUAGUUCCAUCCUUAUUUCAGACAUCGUGAUAUAUCAUGAUGUUGAAAACCAGGUAUCGCUCAGCCCUAGAUCAGUGUCAAAGUAUCUCUCUGAUUUGGGAGGUAAUGAAGCCAUCCUAACUAACAGCCGCUGGAGAGAGUUGUGCUUCUAUAAAGCAGCCAGGAAUUUUGUGCCAUGUCAUUGUCAGUUCUUUCAGAAUGUUGCUUCUAUCCAGUGGGCUGGAAGCCAUGACAUUUGAACUGGCUUCAAGCUUAUUUAAAUAAACUUAUAAUGCAGAUGUGUCAAGCAGAUGGGGCAGAGGCCAUUGUCUGGUCACAGCAAAGUGCAAAGAAAGCUACAGUCUGGGGUUAGAUCAGCUCUGAAACGGACUGGUUGCAGCAGCUGUGCCUGUACUAAAUGCUCUUCCAUCAGCUCCUUUUGGGAUACUCCAAAUGGCAAAGGUUAAAGAUGGUAUAUAGGGACAUAGGAAGCUGUCUUAUACCCAGACCAUCAGUAGAACUUGCUCAGUGUUGUCUACAAUGGCUGGCAGAGGCUCUUCAGGGUAUCAGUCAGAACCCUACCUGGAGAUGCCAGGGAUUGAAUCUGAGACCUUCUGCACACAAAGCAGGUGUUCUGCCACUGAGCUACAUCCUGUCUCAUGGUCUAUCUAGGUGAUCUGUGCUGAUUUUUGUCUUCAAUGAACUUGACAGGCAUAGGAAAUGGUCUUAUCUCAAGCCAGACCACUGGUCCAUCUAUUGCCUACACGCUACCUGGCAGCGGGUGCUGUAUUGCAGAGCUUUUAACUCUUCCCCAACAGUACCGUGUUUCUAAGAGGGUCUUGAUGGAGACACUUAGUGAACCACUGGAUUUGCGGCAUCUCCCAGGCCACAUAAUUUGCAAAGCAAUUCUGCAAAUAAUUGCUUUUCCAUCAUCAUGAAUUCAUUUUUGCAUUUGUUGCAGAUUUUAUUGCAGAAGGGUAGCUGGUUAGCAGAGAAGCUGAAAUGUUCGAAUCCCAUUGGUACAAGUGGGACUUAACAGAGCAUCCCCAUAUAUGUUUAUUCAGACAUAAGCCUUUUUAAGUGCAGUGGGGCUUGCUCCCCAAGUGAACAUUGGAUUGCAGGCACACACAAUUUUAAGCUGCAAAGCAAUAGAUACUUGCUUGGGGGCAAAUAAUGGCUUGCAUCCGCACCUGAUUUGCACCACAGACAGCAUUUUUCAUUCCACACUGCAUCGUCUGCAAUGCAAGUCAGAGGAAUUGUUAGUUCCUAUGUACAGCUGCCAAUCAUCCAGAAUUGCAGUCACCGAGGGACCUGUGUGCCUGUGUGAAAUGGAGUGUAACUUUUCCUGGAUCAUACUCAGGUUUGAUCAGUCUUUCAGGGAUGAUAUAUAUUUAAUGAAUAGCACAUCUUGGAAAUAAGUUCAGGUUGUAGUGAAGGGUGGUGUUUUUUUUAAGGGUGUAUGAUUUGAGCUUCUAUCAUAAUAGCCUUGACAUUUUAAGCAUCUCAAAGUAUCUUCUUCUUCGGCAAUCACUCGUAGCUGAGUAAGAUUGUCUUCCAUAAACACGGUUUUAACAAUGAGUCCGUAAGUGACUGUGGAGGCCAAUUCUGGAUCCACACAUCCUUCCACAGUGGGGACAUAGGUUUCCAGGCGGGAGCUGCACACGUUGUGGAUUUGCCAAGCAUGCCUUCCUCCUAGCACGUUUCUCCCUUGCGUCCUGAGUUCGAAUGUCUUCAAACUAUAUUUAGGCUGCAGUUAACUAUUGAUUUAAGCGGAUCUGCUGCACAGUGUCUGGUCAUUUAAUCUAAGACCUGCGGGGGCUGUUCGCGAAUUACCCAGCAGUGAGAGAAAGGCACCGCAUGCACAGAGGCACUCCUUCUACUGUUUACGUUCUACAGAGCUCAGGCCUGGAACUCUCUUGAAAUACAUCAUGCCGCAGGGAUUUCCGUGUGCACUCAUGGCAUUGCUAGGGGGUCAGAAAGCAAUUUUGCUCCAAACCAUGUUGGUUAGAGGCUCUGCAAGCUAUCACAUCCUCUCCUCCAUGAGGUUGUAUGAUUGCUUCCCAAAAGGGGGGGGGGGGUCUGUAGUGCUAAGUGUAUGUUGCAUGUAAUUACAUGCCAUUGUGUGAAGAUAUUUUCUUUCAAAGUGGGAUAUAAAUGUGCUUAAUGAAUUAAAUUAAAUAAUUUUUGGGUUUCCAAAUAUAUCACUAUGGCCAGUAGCUUAGACUGCUUUUUUUUAAAAAAAGAGGAUUAGACAAACUGAAGGAUCAUUGGAACUGACUCCCACAGGAGGCAGUGAUGGCCACCAACAUAGAUGGCUUUAAAAGACGAGUCGACAAUUUCAUGGCAAAUGAAGCUACUAUUGGUUACUAGCUGAGAUGGCCAUGCUCUACCUCCCCAGUUGGAGGCAGUAAUGCUUCUGAAUAUCAGUUGAUGGAAACCACAGCAGGGGAGGGUGCUCUUGAGUUCGAAUCCUGCUAGUGGGUUUCCCACAGGCAUUUCUCUUUCUAAGUUCCGUUCUCUACAUUUCCUUAUCAGCGAGCGAAUCAUGAAAAUUCACCUGCAUUUUUCUGCACUUUCUCCCUAUUAUGCACUCUUUUGCAAGCUAUUUCUGCUGAUGCAAUGCAUAUUUUCGUACAUUAUUGCCAUGAAUGUAUGGAUGCUUAUACACACACCGGCUCCCCAUAUACACUUUUUUGUAUACAUCACUUGGUUGAAGAAACACCUUGCAAAUUUUGGAGGUGUGCCGUCUUGGAAAGAGAACCAAGUUUUGAUGCACAGAGGGGUUUUUUUUUUCAAAAAGUGUGAAUUGUGUCAUUUCUCACUGAAGCUGAAAUGAACCGAGUUUCUCUCUGUCCCUAGAAAGGAGAAGGAGCUUCUUCCAAUUCUCCUCUUCAUCCAUCUACACGACACCAAUAUUGUUCUGCUUUAAGGGAGACGCGGGUGGCGCUGUAGGUUAAACCACAGAGCUUAGGACUUGCUGAUCAGAAGGUCGGUGGUUCGAAUCCCUGGGACGGGGUGAGCUCCUGCUACUCGAUCCCUGCUCCUGCCAACCUAGCAGUUCGAAAGCAUGUCAAAGUGCAAGUAGAUAAAUAGGUACCGCUCCAGCGGGUAGGUAAACGGCAUUUCCAUGUGCUGCUUUGGUUCGCCAGAAGCGGCUUAGUCAUGCUGGCCACAUGACCCGGAAGCUGUAUGCCGGCUCCCUCGGCCAGUAAAGCGAGAUGAGCGCCGCAACCCCAGAGUCGGCCAUGACUGGACCUAAUGGUCAGGGGUCCCUUUACCUUUAUAUGUGCCUUUACAUUGGCUGGCAUUUCUCUUGUACCAGAAGCACAGGCGCGUGAGCUCACCUUUCUCUUUUCAACACACACAGCUAAUCCAUGGUGAUGCAACCCUACACAAAUAUUUAUGCAGAGCUUUUAAUUACAAUUGCGUAUGAACAGCGGAGGCCAGCCGUAUUCCUGCAAGGUGGCUUCUUGGAACGCUCUUUGGGGCUCUCCAAAUUGGAUUGCACUGAAAUCUAAUAGCAGGAAUGCAGACAGGGGGAUGAGUGUUAUCGAUUGAUAGAGGCAGAGAAGAGUGCACCUUUUUGCUUGCGUUUUAUCCCUUUUCAUCAUCUAGGCAAUAUGAUAUUUUAUUGUUUCGAUCCAUGCAAGCUGUAAUCAACCAUAGAAUUUAUGUUCCAAGUAUGCCUUUAUUUAUUUUCAAAUAAAUAAGGCAGGGGGGGAAUAAGAUUUCUUUUAAAAGAAUAUCUUUGAAGCUCUAAACAUUGAACAGAGUUCAGCGUCUUCAUGCUCACAAUCAGCAUGCAUUAGACAACAAUAUUGACUAAGGAGCCAGCCAGCCCUAUCUGUGAGCAUAGAUCAGUCCAGAAAGAUUUGUAGUGGUUAGACCAGGGGUUGUCAACCUGGUCCCAACCACCCACUAGUGGGCGUUUCAGGAUUCUAGGUGGGCGGUAGGAGGUUCUACGGCACAAGCUGAAUCCUCCUUCCAUCGAGCACUGGUGGGUGGUAAGGAAAUUUUACCAUAAAGAAAGAUGCAUUCGUGGGCGGUAGGUAUAAAAAUGUUGACUACCCCUGGGCUAGACAGAACAAUCCAAGAGUUCCCUUUGCCUAUAUACACAUUAGGAAUGACACUCAGCCUGGGCAAUGAACAUGGGAUGUGUCGUAUUUAUGGACAUACACUUCUAAAAAUGGUCCUUGCAUUAUUGGUCCAUCAUCUAACCGGCUACUGCCACAGGUUGCACCCCUCUGCUCUAAACUGCCUGAACUGAAGGCAUUCUCUGUGGGGUAUGUGGGGAGCCUGUGGCCCUCCAGAUGUUACUGAAGCUCAACUCCCAUCAGCCCCAGAAGAAAUGGCCAAGGAUGAUGGGAGUUGUAGUUCAGCAACACCUGACAGGUCAAAGUUCCCCAUGCCUGCCCUGUGACCACUCAGUGCUUCACCAAAACAUUAAAGUUAUCAAUGAUUCUGAACUGCUGCAAAAAUUAAACCUUUCUCUUCUUUCUUUCUUUCUCCCUCCCUCCUUCGUUUUUCUUCCUCUUGUUCCCUCCUAGGUACUGAGCCAAUUUACGUGACAGAUCCUUUCCUCUAUUCGUUCCUGUUGAUGUUCCAUAAGCUUGUACACUUAUUCUUAGACCACUGAUGGACUUCUUUAUCUGAUAAUCCUCAGCCAAAUGAGAAGGAAACUAUUUAAAACAAAAACAAAAAACACACGGAAAAAGAACCCUCAAUGAGAACUAGAAUCUUAAAGAUGGACUUAAAGAGACUGGAAAAGAAGCAUGAACACAUUCAACAAGGGGAGGGGUAAAGCAUAUUUUUGGGACAUUACACAAAGGUCAGUCACCUGAAAUAAUGCAUCUAGUUUCAAGAUUCUAUGGUAUCAAUGCCCUGUUCCACACAAGGUAGCUAUUAUUUCUCUCUUUUCCAACGUCUUUUUUUUCUAAACCUUUCCUCUGACAAUUAAUUUUGCACGAACUGUUGAACAGUUGCUUUUAUGAUGAUAUGUAAAGACAUGGGGCGGGGGCAAAGCCCUUCUAAGGAAGGGUCCUAUUUUUUAGUAGAUUAUUGUGGUUAGGCUUUUUAUUUUUAUUUUUAUUAUUUCCUUUCUCCUCCUCCCUUCCCCUCCCCCUCUUUUUUAAUUAAAUUAUUUCUUUUGGGGGGAACUCUUGAUUUUUUAAAAAGGCACAUCUUACCAUAAUGGAUAUUCA